ACAAAAGGCGAGUCUUCAAAAACCCUAAUGUGCUCUUCCUUGAGCAUCCAGCAGCAACAAACAAGAGGGGUUUGCCUUGUGCCGUUUGUGUUGUUUUCGGGACGAAGAAGAAGAUGGUGUCAGGUUCUGGAAUCUGCGCAAAGCGGGUGGUGGUGGACGCGCGCCACCACAUGCUGGGUCGUCUAGCCUCCAUCGUGGCGAAGGAGCUUCUGAACGGCCAGAAAGUGGUGGUCGUUCGCUGUGAAGAGAUUUGCAUCUCGGGCGGGCUGGUGAGGCAGAAGAUGAAAUACUUGAGGUUCCUUCGCAAACGCAUGAACACCAAACCCUCCCAUGGCCCCAUCCACUUCCGUGCCCCCUCCAAGAUCUUCUGGCGCACCGUUCGUGGAAUGAUACCACACAAGACAAAGCGUGGGGAAGCUGCUCUUGCUCGUUUGAAGGUUUAUGAAGGAAUCCCUCCUCCAUAUGACAAGACCAAGAGAAUGGUUGUUCCUGAUGCACUCAAGGUGUUGAGGCUUCAGAAGGGACACAAGUAUUGUGUGCUGGGCAGGUUGUCAUCUGAAGUUGGAUGGAGCUACUAUGAUACCAUUAGGGAGCUGGAGAAGAAGAGAAAGGAGAAGGCAGCGGUGGUUUACGAGAGAAAGAAGCAACUCAACAAAUUAAGGGUGAAAGCUGAGAAGGUUGCUGAAGAGAAGCUCGGUUCCCAACUUGAUGUUCUUGCUCCUGUUAAGUAUUGAGUAGUUUUUGUUAGUGUUUGAAAUUUUUUAUGCCACUUAUACCAAAUUGAACUACCUUUCAAUUUUGCUUGAGGUUGCUUUGUUAUUGGAUCAUAGAUUUGAUAUCUGAUCAUCUUGGAAGCUGUUUUUUAUUUAAUUGUGUGUUUUGUAUAAUUUUUGUCAUCCAGAAGUUUUCCAUUGCCUUGGGAAAAAAGAAAAAAGCUGUUCACUGUGUUA